AUGAUGGAAGAGAAGAAACACGAUGCGUCGUUUUCGUAUUGGCACGCAGCCAAACUCGUGACUCUACGUCCAGAACUCAGUAACGCAAUGGCUCGUACCAAGCAAACCGCUCGCAAGUCUACUGGAGGUAAAGCUCCUCGUAAGCAGCUGGCCACCAAGGCAGCCCGCAAAUCGGCGCCAUCAACUGGAGGUGUGAAGAAGCCUCAUCGCUAUCGUCCGGGAACCGUUGCCCUUCGUGAAAUCCGUCGCUACCAGAAGUCCACUGAGCUUCUCAUUCGUAAACUUCCUUUCCAGCGUCUUGUCCGUGAAAUCGCUCAGGACUUCAAGACUGAUCUCCGCUUCCAGUCGGCUGCCAUCGGAGCACUUCAGGAAGCCUCCGAAGCUUACCUCGUCGGUCUUUUCGAAGACACCAACCUCUGUGCAAUCCACGCCAAGCGUGUUACCAUCAUGCCUAAGGACAUUCAACUCGCCCGCCGUAUCCGUGGAGAGAGAGCAUAAACAUUUACAGUAACACCAACACACCUGCCAAGAUCUCCUACAGUGUUUUGUCGCUGCUAAUCACUGCUUUUUGAUUAUGUUCUUCUUCCGUAACCCCUGUGUAUCUAUAAGUAACGGUUGUUAACGAAGUAAAUGGUGAAUGUUGCUGUUGUUCAC